AACUAGCUCAACUCAUCCUAUAAGUUAAGCAAGGGGUGUUGGGAUUGAAGCUAAUUUGUUUAGUGAGAGAUGGAUUUCUUGUCUAGUAUAGUACUGUUGUGUCUCUGCUUUAUCUCCUGCUUCUUAAUCCAAGCCCUCCAUAGAAGAACCAGAGUUAGGCUUCCACCAGGACCAAAGCCAUUUCCAUUGAUUGGAAAUCUGUUUGAGCUUGGAGACAAACCUCAUCUCUCUUUGACCAAGCUUUCACAAAACUAUGGCCCCAUAAUGUCUUUGAAACUAGGCCGGAUAACCACUAUUGUAGUUUCUUCAUCAACCAUGGCCAAAGAAAUCCUCCGAACCAAUGACCAACUUUUUUGCAACCGAACAAUCCCAGAUGCGUUGCGAGACAUAGGAGACUACAGUUUGCCUUGGAUACCAGUAUCAACAAGGUGGAGAAAUCUUCGAAAAAUAUGCAGCUCCCACCUCUUCCACACCAAAGUACUUGAUGCCAACCAAGAAAACCGGCGAGUGAAAGUGCAAGAGCUCAUAGCUAGUGUCAAUGACUGCAUGGUAAAGGGUUUGGCAAUAGAUAUUGGAAAGGCUGCUUUCAAAACUACACUCAAUUUGCUGUCGAGAACUAUUUUCUCGGUGGAUUUGGCUGAUGACUCGAGUAGUAGUAGUGAGAUGACUAGAGAGUUCAAGAAGAUUGUUAAUGGUAUCGUGGAAGAGGCUGGGAAGCCGAAUUUGGGGGACUAUUUUCCUGUGAUUAGGAAGAUUGAUCCCCAAGGCAUAAGGCGGCGCUUUACAAAUUAUUACAACAAGAUGUUAGGCUUGAUUGAAUCAGUGAUCAGUCAAAGGUUGGAAUGUAGAAAAGGGGGUGAUUAUGUAACAAGUAAUGAUAUGUUGGAUGCUCUUAUAAACCUCAGUGAAGAGAAAAAUGAAGAGGAUUUGAAGAACUCCGAAGUUGUUGAACAUUUGUUUGUGGCUCUAUUUGCUGCGGGAACAGAUACCACUUCAGCCACAUUGGAAUGGGCAAUGGCGGAGCUACUACACAACCCAAAGAGCCUUUCUAAAGCUCAAGAAGAGCUGGAUCAAAUGAUUGGAAAAGGAAAACCAAUCGAGGAAACCGACAUUGCUAGACUCCCUUACUUACAAGCAAUAAUCAAGGAAACCUUCCGGUUGCACCCAACGGUUCCGUUGCUACUGCCACGAAAAGCUGAAACAGAUGUAGAAAUUGGGGGCUAUAUUGUCCCAAAGGGUGCACAAGUUCUAGUUAAUGUUUGGGCCAUAGGCCGAGACCCCGGCCUUUGGGACAACCCAAACUCUUUUAUGCCGGAUAGGUUCUUAGGAUUGGACAACCAAUUUGAUGUUAUGGGAAAAAACUUUGAGCUUAUUCCAUUUGGCGGUGGGAGGAGAAUCUGUCCAGGUUUGCCAUUGGCAAUGAGAAUGUUGCACUUGAUGUUGGGUUCACUCAUUAACUGCUUUGAUUGGAAGCUUGAAAAUGGAGUUGUACCUGAGACUAUGAACAUGGAAGACAAGUUUGGCCUCUCUUUACAUAUGGCUCAGCCUCUCAAAGCUGUUCCCCAGUCCUAAUUGAUUUCUACUAUGAAUAAUUUAAUGGAAUAAUGUAAAAUAAUAGUAGGCUGAAUCAGCUCAUGCCUGUAGUUUGCAGCAGGACUGCUUUUAUUUCUCUACUCCGUCUUUUCUCCUAGCUGCAGUAGCAGCUGAGCUUUGCAUUAUGUAAUUCUUUUUCUAUUUCAAUAAAGGGCUGAUUUAUUUCUCGCAAAAAAAUCCCUAUGGUUCUUUUUUCUAUAUAUUUGGUUUUUACCUCACAUUCUCUGUGCUUACUAGGUGUAUGUUUCAGGUUCUAAGAGUUGUGGAAGGAGAAAGAGAAAUCAAUAAAGGCCCUCAAAAUUGCUCAAUCUGAUUGACUCUAGGGAAUAAAGGUUGGCAGAAAGGAAUAAGCAAAAAGGCCAGAGAAGAAUGGUCUGAAAAAUAAUUUGGAGUUUAUGAAUGAAGAAAGGCUGGAGGUUAUAUGUUGUGUUCAUGAACACACACUUUCGGACUUUCCUGCCUUUAGUUUACUCUGUGUUCUUUGGUGUAUUUACAAUGAAGAUCAUAUGCGUUAUUUAUCUAUUUUGUUAGUUCUUUGUUA